AUGGGUUCCGGCCAUCGCAACACUCAUAUCCCCGAUUGCGGCACUCGUACUGUUAGCUACGCGAUUUUGUUCCCCACCGUCAACUCCUCGCAACUGUCGAUGGAGCAGAAUAUCCAGUAUACUCAGUCAGAUUCAAAACGUCAUAUCGACUAUCGUGGCUACAACGCCAUCGCUUAUCAUCCUGAUUCGGAAAUCCUUGUUCCCAAGUCCAACUCCACCAAGUCUCACCGUUCCGACUACCUUAUUCCGCUACCUGCGCCGAAUCUUUUACCACAGCGAGCAUUCGAAAUCUCCAUCUAUUCCGUCCAAGUGUCCCACGCCAAUCACGGAGGCCAGAACUUCACUCAGUAG